UGAUGAUCCUUAUGUAAAGAAGACAGCAGCUAUCUCGGUAGCAAAGAUCUAUCAUACCAUGCCCGAGCAUACAAAAGAAUUGGGCUUCAUCAAACUCCUCCAAGGGCUAUUACAGGAUGGGAAUGCUAUUGUGGUUGCAAACGCAGUGGCUGCCCUAUUUGAAAUUUCAAGAGUAGCAGGCAAGAACUAUCUAAAAGCUAACAAAGAGACUAUUGGAAAGUUACUAAACACAUUGAACGAGACCAACGAAUGGGGGCAAAUCUACAUUUUGGAAAGUAUCAUCAACUAUAAGCCUAAGGAGCAGAAGGAAGCAGAGGAGAUCAUAGAAAGGAUCAUGCCUCGUUUGCAGCAUGCAAAUCCAGCCGUUGUGUUGGGCGCGACAAAGAAUGUCCUCCACUUUUUGAAAUUUGUAAAUCUCAAAUCUAACAAGACUACUAUUCUCAAGAAGUUAUCUGCUCCAUUGAUCACUUUGCUUUCAUCUGAACCAGAGAUUCAGUACAUUGCUCUGUGCAACAUUCUAUUGAUCCUGCAGCAGAUUCCAAAUGUAUUCGAGAAAAAUGUCAAGAUGUUCUUCUGUAGAUUCUCAGAUCCAAUUUACGUCAAAUUGGCAAAGUUGGAUGUGAUGGUGGGAGUUGCUGACAACACUAAUGUGGAUAUCAUCAUCACUGAGCUCCAUGAGUACUGCAACAAUAUUGACCAAGACUUCGUCAGGAGAUCAGUCAAAGCUAUCGGCCAGGUUGUCGUCAAAGUAGACAGAGUUGCCAAGAAAGGAGUGGAAGCUUUAAGAGAGCAUGUUAAUCAAGAACAAGGUUCUGACUCUGCUCUACAGGAAGCCGUCAUUGUUGCAAGUAAAAUUCUGAGAAAAUACCCUAAAAAGUUCGAAAGUCUUGUUAAAGACAUCGUCAAACAACAGGACAGAAUUGAUGAGCCAGAGAGUAAAUCAGCAUUCAUUUGGAUUCUGGGAGAGUACUCGAAGAAGAUUGAAGAUGCUGGAGAAAAACUACAGGUCUACAUUGACUCCUUCACUGAUGAAAACAUUAAUGUCUGUUUACAAAUCCUCACCUCAGCAGUGAAGAUGUUCAUCAAGGAUUCUGACAAUUAUGAAGACAUGGUGAUGAAUGUGCUAAAACUCGCAUCUGAGUCAUCAGCUAAUCCUGACCUGAGAGAUAGAGGAUAUAUUUACUGGAGAAUGCUUUCGACAGAUCCCUCUCAAACCAAAGAUACUGUCUUGGCUAAGCGUCCUGAAGUAGAAGAAGACCUUACCAAGCUCAUGGACGAUGAGACAAGGGACAUCUUCAUAGACAUUUUCAUUUCCGACACAAAACAUUCUGCAUUAAGACCUGAGAAAACAGCUUCAGCUCCAGAACCAGAUUCUGAUGAAGAAGUAGAAGAGGAAGAGAAGCCUAAGAAAUCAAAGAAGAAGGACAAGAAGAAGGAAGAAACUAAGGAAGAGAUCGAGCUUCCCGAAGAAGUAGUAACUGAGGACAAGCCUAAAGAUGACCUUGAUGAUAUCUUUGGACUUGGGAUUGGAGAUGAUCCUGUGUCGAAUGAUGAACCAGCAGUUGAUCCUCUAGCAGGAAUUUUGGAUGAAGGCAAUGGAGGAGGUGAAUCGACUCAAGCAGCAUCUCCAUGGGAUGAUAAUGGAUUAUUUGGUGGCUUUGGAGCUUCAGGAAGUGAAGCUUCUUUGUUUAUUAAAUCAGAACAUGCUGAAGUACUGAGUUCAUCAACUCCUGGAUCUCAAAAUAAAGCAGCAGGUUUGCAGAUUAAAGCAAGAUUCUAUCGAGAAGGGACUUCGAUUAAGCUAGAUAUGAUUUUCUACAAUUCUACUGCUGGAAUAAUUUCAGAUUUUGACAUCAUGAUCAACAAGAAUCCAUUUGGAUUGAAGCCAGGACCAAUCAGUGUUAUUCCUAUUUCUGCUGGACAAACAUUCACUACUACAGUUGAGUGCUCAAUUGACCAAAGUAAUGCAGAUUUGAAAAACCCUCCACAGUGCCCAUAUUACGUUCAGACUGCUAUUAAAAAUUCUUUGGAUGUAUAUUAUUUCCAGUUGCCAUGAUUGCUCCAUACCCUGUUACAAGGAACCCCAGUUGCAGUAACCCAAACCCAAUGACAGCAAAUGGCAAAUAGUAUAGCGAAUAAGCAUUCAUUUACAGUUAGCAGUGCAAGAUUUGCUGGAUCAGCCUCUGAUUUAAAGACAAGAAUGCAGUCCAACUCUUUCUAUCCGAUAUAUGACGAGUUGAACAGCCAAAUAUUCGCUACAUCAACUGUGAACAAUAUUCCCAUCCUCCUGAGAUGUACUCCUGAAGGGAGUAAUAUCCAAAUAAUAGCUUGAACACCUGUGGCUCCACUCUAUCAGCUGAUUGAGGAAGCCAUUAAAGAAGUUAUAAGCAAGUAAUAGCCAUUUGAAUUCAAAUUA